GGCCGAGCCGGCGCCGUCGCCCGUCCUCAGCCAGCAAACCGCCGCCGCGGGCGCGCCCCCGCUCUGCGCUGUCUCCGAUGGCGUCCGCCUCCGGGGCCAUGGCGAAGCACGAGCAGAUCCUGGUCCUCGACCCGCCCACAGACCUCAAAUUCAAAGGCCCCUUCACAGAUGUAGUCACUACAAAUCUUAAGUUGCGAAAUCCAUCAGAUAGAAAAGUAUGUUUUAAAGUGAAGACUACAGCACCUCGUCGGUAUUGUGUGAGGCCCAACAGUGGAAUCAUUGAACCAGGGUCGACUGUGACUGUUUCAGUAAUGCUACAGCCUUUUGACUAUGAUCCCAAUGAAAAGAGUAAACACAAGUUUAUGGUACAGACAAUUUUUGCUCCACCAAACACUUCCGAUAUGGAAGCUGUGUGGAAAGAGGCAAAACCUGAUGAAUUAAUGGAUUCUAAAUUGAGAUGUGUGUUUGAAAUGCCUAAUGAAAAUGAUAAAUUGGGUAUAACUCCACCAGGGAUUGUUCCGGUUCUCACUUCAUUGAACAGCAUGAACAACACAGUUGCAACACCUGCCAGUUAUAAUAUGAAGAAUGAGCCCAGGGGACUCAGUGUGUUCAAACAGGAGAAGCAGAAGAAUGACAUGGAACCUAGCAAAGCUGUUCCACUAAAUGCAUCUAAACAAGAUGGACCCAUGCCAAAACCGCAUAGUGUUUCACUCAAUGAUACUGAAACAAGGAAACUCAUGGAGGAAUGUAAAAGACUUCAGGGAGAAAUGAUGAAACUAUCAGAAGAAAAUCGACACCUGAGAGAUGAAGGCUUAAGGCUCAGAAAGGUAGCACAUUCGGAUAAACCUGGAUCAACCUCAACUGCUUCCUUCAGAGAUAAUGUCACCAGUCCUCUUCCUUCACUUCUUGUUGUAAUUGCAGCCAUUUUCAUUGGAUUCUUUCUAGGGAAAUUCAUCUUGUAGAGUGAAGCAUGCAGAGUGCUCCUACUACUACUUUUUUUUCCUUUCUCUUGACCAGAAAAGAUUUGUUUACCUACCAUUUCAUUGGUAGAUGGCCCACGUGACCAUUUUUUUGUGCGUGUGUGUACAGCGUCAUAUAGGCUUUGCCUUUAAUGAUCUCUUACGGUUAGAAAACACAUACAAACUGUUCGGCUACUGGACAAAUUGUAUAUUACCAGAUCAUCAUAGCAAAUGUCAGUUGCACAUUCAGUCCUUUAUGAAAUUCAUAAAUAAAGAAUUGUUCUUUCUUUGUGGUUUUAAUAAGAGUUCAAGAAUUGUUAAGUCUUGUAAAUGUUAUUUUAAUAAUCCCUUUAAAUUUUAUCUGUUGCUGUUACCUCUUGAAAUAUGAUUUAUUUAGAUUGCUAAUCCCACUCAUUCAGGAAAUGCCAAGAGGUAGUCUGUGGGGAAAUGGUGCCUCUUACCGUGUAAAUUUUCUCCUUUACCUUUGCUAAUAUCAUGGCAGAAUUUUUCUUACCCCUUGUGAGGCAGUUGUUGACUCAGUUUUUCAUCCUUACAAUCCUGUCCCAUGGUAUUUAACAUUAAAAAAAAAAAUAAAACUGUUAACAGAUCUUGCUCGAUAGCUUGUUUGUGUCUGUCGUGUCAUUAGAUGGGGAUACCAGGGAGUCCACUAUAUGGUAAUUUGGAAUUUAUAGUGCGUAAUUUUACCCACAUUGAAACCCUUUUGGAUAGUAAUAGUAUUUGUAGUUAAAUGUCCUCAAUCUAUUAAGGAAAGGAAUUAGUAAAAUUUCAAGCUACUUUUGCCCUUUUGGAAAAUGAUAAGCAUUUUGACGUUAAGAUAAUAUCAAAAAAGAGCAAAUACCAUGAGAAUAAAAAUGCUGUAAUUAGUCACUUUAAUGUGUAUGCCUUGUGGCUAUUGUGUUUAAUUUACCCCCUUCUUAACAGGUUCUUUUUCUAUCUUCUCAAGGAAGAUUAAUUCUCCUUAGUUCUAGUCAAGUGGUUUUUAACCAGCCUACUAAUUCUUCCUGCUCAAUUUAAGACUCAAAGUAAAUUUCCAUUUGGAAAUUUGGUAUUCACUGAGCAAGCCUUGUGAAUUUUUCUUUCUGAAAAAUGACUUUAUUCUUUGCAAAUCUGUUAAUUUGGUGAAACACAUUUUUAGUAUAAAUACGCAGUAGAGGGUCUGAUACUUUCUGCACUUAGUCUUAUGUCUUCUCUUCAUUUGUCCUAGCAUAGAAAAUUUUGAAACCAGAGACAAUUUAGUUUUUCUACUGAGUACCAUCUACUACUACAAGUAAAUUUUAAUUUCUGAGAAUAUGUGUUGGUUUCAUAAGAGAUGUACUUAUAUCUAAAAGGGAAAUUGGACUUUGGGACUGGAUGUGGUGCAGUGAAGUAUUAGGCCCAAGUCUGCAUAUACAUUUUAUAAAUGAAACAUUCUAAAAAUUUCUGUUGCCUUUUCAAGUAUGUUUUGAAUUUGUUAGAUCACAUGUAUUAUGUCAGUUGUGUUUCAUGGUAUCUUUUAUAAAACCUCUUGCUUGUGUGCAAAAGUCACUAAAAAACACAAGUAAUACCUAUCCAUUACUAGCAUGCUACUGCAGGUAAUGUUUCUGUUGUAUGCUUUACAUUCGUAACCCCCACCCCCUUUUUUUUCUGAUAACUGGAAAAGCAUGCAAAAAAAAAAAGUCUUGCAUUUUUUGUCUCAUAAAUUCAGAAUCACUGAUUCCUUGGCUUAAAGCUCUCUGUAUAAUCAACAUUGGUGAUAAGAAUCAAGCUUGAUAUUUAAUAGCUAUCCUUUAAAAUUUAAGUUCUCAAAAAUUUAGCAAAGUCCCGUUUUAUGGGAAUGCUCUUUGGAAUUCAUUUUGUUCAUCCCCCUUUUUAAAUAAUUGAAGAAUCUGAGGCCUUUAUGAGGGUUAAGAGAACUUUCCCUGUAUCUCACAGGUAGGUAAAGGCAGAGCUGGAACUAGAAAUCUGCUCUCCUGACUCUAGCUCAGUGGUAACUUUGUAGAAAAAAUUGUCUUGAUUUGACAUGACAAGUGAACAUAAGAUGCUAUUUAAUAAGUGUGAAAUUUCUUAUCAUAAGAUUGUAUUAUGGGGCUACUGUUGAAUAGUCUUAUGUUUUGGUAUUUAGGGUAGAAAUCCCCCCUACCUCCCACCAUGGGUAAUAAACAUGAAAUGCAAUGUAUUUUGCAAAAUACAUUUUCCAGUGGUUGGUUUUGAGAUAGAUUGUAGUCUGAGUAACAUCUGCAAAAUAAAGUGUACCUGGGGUUCUUAGCUGUUUACAUAUCAGGAGAUGCUCUGAUUGUAUAGGAGACUUGAUUCUUUUUAAUUGCUGUAUAAAAUGUGAUCAGAUUAUUUUACUACCAACCGUUACUUUAAAAGUCCAGUUGUAUUAAUUGACUGAUAAUAUAUAGAUUAAAUUGUUUGUCGUCAUUCCUUACAUGUUUAGAGAUUUUUGCUUUGUCUGCCUGCUUACUUGUGUAUGUAAGCAUGAGGGAAAUAAUAUUGUUGCUAAUAUGAAAUCACAAUCAAGUAACUAAGGCCUUAAGUUCAUUAUGUGACGCUAAAUGCACUACCUUCCUUCAUUCUCUCUAUAACUCUAAUGUACCUUAACUUUGCCCAUUCUUGUAUUUACCACAAACAAAUUUAAGAAAUGUAUUCUGAGUGUGGUAUGUUAUCUUAAAAAAAAUGACACUUGGAAAAAAUUUGUUAUCAAAGUCAGAAAAUUCUGGUCAAAGAAAAGUAAUAAUUUAAUUUCUCUUUCAAGUAUCUUACAGCUCAGGAGUUCUCCUAAAAUUGAUAUGCUAUGGGAAUUACUUUUGGAUUGUAAUCAUUCAAAAUAUACACUUUGAAAACAAGUUUUAUCAGUAAGGGAAAAAAGAAAACAAAGGGUAUAUCCCCAAGUUGUGAUCUUCUGCCCCUUUGAAAGCGUUAAAGUAAUAGUUUUCCUAGAGUGUUGCACAUUCCUAUCAAUGAUUUUCGGUUUGUGCAUAGAUUUUAAAAAAAGUUGACUUUAAGAGAGUUAGGGAAAGAUCAUGUUUACCAUAUGAAAAAACAAGAUAUAAGAAGGUAAAUAAAUGAUCUUUAUUUUCUAGCUUUCAAAGGAAAUUAAACUAUGCGUGAAUAAAUAAAAUGUUUAAAAAUGUGGUGAAGUGUCAUAUUCCUUUCCCAAAGACAAAGGUAUUUGAUUUCAACAGAUGAUGAUGGUUUUAUAUGUUCUAUCAAGUAUUAGCCAGUCAUUGACUGGGACUUGAAUUGUGAUGGCAGGUAGUCUUGCUUGUGAUGUAGAGAUUCAGUCCUUUUUUUAUUAGGAAAUGAGAAUAGCUGGAUAUUGCAGUGGCACAUUUGAUGAACCUCUGUUAGUCCAAGCCAUCUUCUGGGAGAGUUGGUAAUGCUCAGUCUAAGGGGGGGGUGGGGAUGCUAAUAAAAUUGCAACAUCCGUCCUUGAAGAAAUUCUAUUUUCCUACUUUUCUGGUUGUAGAAAUAAAGCAUAUUAGAGAAUUUGAGAA